UAUCAGUUUGACAGAAGAAACGGAACGUAGCGUUACCAUAACCACCCACCAACCACCAUAUUGAAAAAUAAAUUAGUUUAUCGAUGAUGUGAAGUAUAGACGAUGAGCAAGUAAUCAGAGAUUUAGUGGUGUUAAAUUAAUGUAAAUAAGUUAAAAUGGCUGGAAAUUUUGGAAUGCAACAGCUAAUUCCCGUUGUAAACAAAUUGCAAGAUGCAUUUGUUCAAAUGGGCGUGCACAUGUCCUUAGAUCUUCCUCAAAUUGCAGUUGUGGGUGGUCAAUCCGCUGGAAAAAGUUCUGUGCUAGAAAAUUUUGUAGGCAGAGACUUCUUGCCUCGUGGGUCGGGCAUAGUCACCAGGCGACCCUUAAUUCUGCAACUAAUACAUUCAAAUACAGAAUAUGCGGAAUUUCUCCACUGCAAGGGUAAAAAGUUCGUCGAUUUCAAUGAGGUGCGAGGGGAAAUCGAGGCAGAGACGGAUCGCAUUACAGGCUCAAACAAGGGCAUCUCGCCUGUGCCUAUCAACUUGCGCGUCUAUUCGCCAAAUGUUCUCAAUCUUACGUUGAUCGACUUGCCCGGUUUGACGAAGGUGCCAAUCGGAGAUCAGCCGGUUGAUAUCGAACAACAGAUCAAAGCCAUGAUAUUCCAGUUCAUACGGCGCGAGUCGUGCCUCAUCCUCGCCGUCACGCCGGCUAACACCGACUUGGCGAACAGCGAUGCCUUAAAACUUGCCAAAGAAGUAGACCCUCAAGGUCUUCGUACAAUCGGCGUAAUCACAAAGCUGGAUCUCAUGGACGAAGGAACGGACGCUCGUGACGUACUGGAGAACAAGCUGCUGCCACUCAGACGAGGCUACAUCGGCGUUGUCAACCGUUCACAGAAGGAUAUCGACGGAAGGAAGGACAUAUCUGCCGCGCUCGCGGCUGAGAGGAAAUUCUUCCUCAGUCAUCCAUCAUACCGACACAUUGCGGAUCGACUGGGCACCCCGUACCUGCAGCGCGUACUGAACCAACAGCUCACCAACCACAUCCGCGACACUCUGCCCGGCUUGCGAGAUAAGUUGCAGAAACAACUGCUCACCCUCGAGAAAGAUGUUGAACAGUACAAGCACUUCCGACCAGACGACCCAUCCAUCAAGACCAAGGCUAUGUUGCAAAUGAUCCAGCAGCUACAGACGGACUUCGAAAGGACGAUCGAAGGUUCUGGAUCGGCACAGAUAAACACGAACGAGCUCUCGGGAGGUGCGAAAAUAAACAGAUUGUUCCACGAACGGUUCCCAUUCGAAAUUGUUAAAAUGGAAUUCGAUGAAAAAGAACUGCGUCGAGAAAUUGCAUUCGCUAUUCGAAAUAUUCACGGUAUCAGAGUGGGUCUUUUCACUCCGGAUAUGGCGUUCGAAGCGAUAGUAAAGAAACAAAUCGCUCGUCUAAAAGAGCCGAGUCUCAAGUGUGUUGACUUAGUCGUGCAGGAGUUGUCGAAUGUCGUUCGCGUUUGUACAGAGAGGAUGUCGCGCUACCCGCGCCUGCGCGAGGAGACGGAGCGCAUCAUCAUGUCGCACGUGCGCUCGCGCGAGCAGCAGUGCAAGGAGCAGCUCGUGCUGUUCGUGGACUGCGAGCUGGCCUACAUGAACACCAACCACGAAGACUUCAUCGGUUUCGCCAAGUUAGACAUACCCGCACAGAAUCAAUCUGAAAACUCGGCAAAGUCAGGUCACCGCGCACUUGGCAACCAAGUCAUCAGAAAAGGGUACAUGUGCAUACACAAUCUUGGAAUCAUGAAAGGUGGGUCCCGUGACUACUGGUUCGUGCUGACGUCGGAGAGCAUCUCGUGGUUCAAGGACGAGGAGGAGCGCGAGAAGAAGUAUAUGUUGCCGCUCGACGGGCUCAAGCUGCGUGACCUCGAACAGGGUUUCAUGUCUCGCCGGCACAUGUUCGCUCUCUUCAACCCGGAGGGCAGAAAUGUCUACAAAGACUAUAAGCAGUUAGAGUUAUCAUGUGAAACUCAGGACGAUGUUGACUCUUGGAAAGCAUCUUUCCUGCGAGCUGGUGUCUACCCUGAAAAGACUUCAGAAGCAGCUAACGGUGAAGAUAGCGAAGGAAAUGAGUUAUUUCUGCCUUUCCCGGGGUUGGGUGGAAAUAAAAGAAGCUCGGACACGUCAGGUACUAGCAGCAUGGAUCCGCAGUUGGAGCGCCAAGUAGAGACCAUUCGCAACCUUGUCGACUCCUACAUGCGCAUCGUGACCAAGACCACACGUGACCUCGUGCCCAAGACCAUCAUGAUGAUGAUCAUAAACAACGCCAAAGAUUUCAUCAACGGGGAACUCCUCGCGCAUCUCUACGCGUCUGGUGAUCAGUCUCAAAUGAUGGAAGAGUCUCCGGAGGAAGCGCUGAAGCGCGAAGAGAUGUUGCGCAUGUACCACGCGUGCAAGGAGGCGCUGCGCAUCAUCGGGGACGUGUCCAUGGCCACCGUCAGCACGCCCGUGCCGCCGCCCGUCAAGAACGACUGGCUCGAGAGCCGCCUCGACUCCAACCCGCGCCUGUCGCCGCCCUCGCCCGGCGGGCCCCGCCGCGCCGCGCCCGCGCAGCAAGGCUCGCUGGGCCAGCGCGGCGCGCCGCCGGUGCCGGGCGGCGCGGGGCGGCCGGCGCCGCCGCUGCCGUCGCGGCCCGGCGGGGCGGCGCCGCCCCCGCCCGGCGCGCGCCCGCUGCCGUCGCAGGGCCUGCCCGCGCCCCUCAUACCCACACGGCGCUAGGACCGCGGACACGGCGUUAUAACAUAAGUUACGUACGAUGAGGUACUAACUGACGAGCAUGUUAACUUAGUGCAGUUAAAAACAUUAAUUAUUAUUUUUUAACGUUAAAACGACCGUAGGGGUCGUCAUAAUGCUUACUUAUGUAUAGUUAUUUUUAUUAGCACUUUGAUCUUAUUUAGAAUUUGUAAUGAUUAUUAUAUGUUCAUUAUGUGAAAAAAUGUAUAUUGCCAGCUAUGAAAUGUUUUGUAAUAAGUUAACAAUCGUUCAGUAAAGAUGAAAAAAAAUUAUACAGAAUGUUAUACAAAAUAUUAGAAAUUUAAAUCAUGAAUACUUAUGAUACGUCUGAAAGAUCGUUGCUUCCAAAUUUAAAUAUUAGUAACAAAAUAUGUAGGGAUUAGAUUGUAGUGACGAACGAUAACUUUUUCUAUGGACAGCUGUAUGAAAUGAAAAUUAUUACAUUAUUUUUGUUUAUCUACAAGUUAUUUAAUCUAUAAUUGUUAGUUUUCUUUUUUUGUAAUUAUAAGGUUGUGCUUUCAUCGAAGAGCUGUCUUUGGAAUAAGUAUAACGUCAUUGUGUAUUUAAGUAAAAUAUACUCCAGCACUUAAAAUCUUAUUAAAAACUUACGAUGUAAAUUAAGCUUACACUUUAAAAUUAUUUGUUCCGUUCGGAAUUAUUGGUGUUUAAUAUAUUUGUUUUACGUUCAUGUAAUAUAGAUGCACUGCAUGUCUAGUUGUCACUAAUGUGUGUGGUCUUCAGAUAUUUUUUUGAUCGUUUUAAUAUUCGAAAAAAAAGACUUAUUGUAAAUAAUACGACACUUUCAACUAUUUUUAUUUAUUUCUAUAAGUUCAACUAUAUUCUUUCCGCAACGAGACACAUUCACAGUUGCCCUGUAAGAGCUCGUAAAUAACUCGUCUUCGUCACAUUCCUACGCUUCGUUAUGGCAGUUACAUUACUCAGAAAAAAUCUUACAGAGAGGCUGUGAGACGAUUAUAUCGAUUCUAUCUAUUCAUUUACUCCGCCCAGAAGUCCUCCUCCUCGCCCACCCUGUCCCUAGACGCGAUGUGAGUAGUAAAAUAAACAGAAGCACCUGAACUAGACGGCCGGGCCCGGGCGCGGCGACGCAGCUGCCGCCGCACGUGCGCCAGCAGAUCAACCAGGCCGUGGGGCAGGCCGUCACCGGCGCCGCGCUCAACGAGCUCAGCUCCGCCUUCGCCAGAUUCAAGUAAACGCCGCUCGGACCGCACCCGUGACGCCCCAACGCUUACUUUGUUUCGUAAAACUCUUUCGAAACGUUUUCCGAUCCGCGGACCUCGCGGUAUCGUGAAACUCUUCGAAAUAAUGAGGUCGCUGAGACGACUUCACUCUCCGGAAGUGAAACGCUUUUGUUUUACCUUCUAACAUUUGUGAACGUUCCGUCGUCUAACAGCUUUGUGUUGUAUAUGCAAUUGUUAACUCUCGAGCUGAAAAUUCGAUUCUCUUUAACGAUUUUGAAGUGCUCUUUGUGAGGGCGUGACUUUGUUCGCUCAGAAGAUGUGUAUGAUUUACUAUUACAUUUAAACUACAGAUUCGAAUUUUCAGUUUCACGCUACCUUUCUCCAAAUUAAUGAAGUAUUUUUUUAUGGUUUUGACAUUCCAUAAAUAUUACAGUUGUAAAGGCUUAAAUAAAGAUAUCGUUUUAUUGCAUUAAAUUGCAAUACUACUUUUAGCUCUAAAAUGAUACUAGACUUAUAUUUAAGAUAGUAAUUUAGUUUAAUUUAACAUUUUCAAUAUAUUAGAAUGUGAUAUAAAAAAUCACAAUGUUACCAUAGUCAUAAAAAUGUGUUACAUUAAAAAUGGAUUUUAGUUUCUUUGAAGAUCACACACCGUUGACAAUCAAUGUUUUUAGGUAAGAGUUUCGAAUCGAAGAAUAUUUUUAUUUGUAUUUAAAGUAUUCCUUAAUUUUAAAAAUUCAAUGUGCACAAUAUAUAUGUAGACCUAAUAAACUUAAAUAAGAAAUAUUGAGGAAUACAGUUAGUCAGUUUUAGUGUGUGCAACGAUUGUAAAAAUAAUUAUAUUCUUUGCGAAAUAUAUUUAUUCUCGUACCGAUAAUUCUGGCGCCAAAAAUGUUUGAAAAAUUUGAUUCUAAGAAUGAUACAAAAAAAAAGUUCAGUAUUAACUGCGAAUUAUUCCUAUGCAGUGCUUUAGGAUAUUAUUAACAAUUAUACGAUGUUAAUCCUUUACAGGAUUGUAUUUAAGGUGUCCGCUCUAUAUCGUAGGUCUGUAACGUUUACUUUGGAAGUAAACAGUAAAAGUAUAUCCAAUGGCUCGAGGUGUUAGAUGUAAUACGGAUUUAAAUAGAUGAGUUUGUACGCACGACGUCACAACGUCCCGGAUUGCAACAGAUUAUCUUUGAAAGCAUAUCACGGUAUUGUUUGUAAAUGUUGCUAGAGUUUUACUCGUAUUAUAAAAUACUUCAGAGUUCUGAAAUAAAACUGUCUUAAUUCAUUUAACUGACAUGAUUAUUUUAUUUUUCAAAAGCUUAACAGUUUAAAGUGUAGCGAUUAAAAAAAAAAUACAAGUUGUUAAAUGAAUUCAAAAUAGUUUUAUAUCAAUAUGUACUCUUGAAUACCUAAGGAAUUAUUAAAUAUAUUUGUUGAUGUUGCUGCACAUGACGAUCUUGUCGUAGAUUUAGAUGCGUAGCAAGAAUGCAUUACUCUACGUUCACAUUGGUGUAUAGGUGUACCAGUAGCUUAGGGACAAACACUGUCUCGUAUUUCUCUUUUCCGUCUCUCGUAGUGACGUAAAGUUUAUAAAGUUAAUACAUUUGCGCAAAACAAUAUAUUCCAAGCUUGUCUGUUAUUGUAUAUUAAACAAAAUUUUGGAUCAGUGUAAUCUUAUUGUAGCUAAACAUGUGUAAUGCAGUUAGAUAAAUUAAUCACAAAAUGUUGACUUUACAAAUUUGUAUGUAAAUGAAUUGUACUUAUGGCUAAGACCAAAGCAGUUGUCUCGUGUCGUUGCUGUUAGCAAUACCUUUGGUCAAUUAUUAGAAUGUUUUAUUCAUGGUGAUCCAUUAUGAACUCGUUAUUAAAUACUUAUUACAUAUAAAAUAAAGGAAUUUUACUCUUGAGAAUUAUCAUCACUUAGAAGUUUCGCUUAUAUCAUUAAAUAUCGACCAAUUAUUUAUCGUUCAUUAGCUACGCAGUUCUUCUUAAUUCUUAAAAAUAUUUUUCAACAUUAUUAUCAUCAGACGUCGUUCCAUAUGAUUUUCCCUACCGAUACUGACUGACGGAAAGCCGGAUUAUGACGUCACAACACAGUUCCUACAUGAUUUUGACGCUCUAGCUAAUUCAUUGCUCUUAUUGAUAUUGACAAAAUUAUAUGAAAGUAAUGAAAUCAUAAAGUUUUGCUCUCUUGUUAAUAGCGUUAGUACCAUCGAAAAAAAGGUAUAGCCAGAGAUUGUUGGAUUUGAUAUAGUUUAUGAAUAUUGUUAAUCUUAUGCUGUAUAAAUAGAGUAAUUAAAUGCUAUAUGUGUA